CAGGAGCCAAAAUUUUUAGUUGAUUUGUGUUUGGAUGAAAGCUUUCUUUCAAUAUUUUUGUUUGUUUAUUAAUAAAAAAUCUAAUAUUCUAAUAAAAAUAAUAAAAAAUAAACCAAAAUGCCUGAUGAAGAAAUGCCAACAGCAUUUCUUAAAUUCAUAGAAAUGGAAAAUUUCAAGUCUUACCGUGGCCACUUGAUAGUAGGACCUCUGAAAGAAUUCACCGCAGUCAUUGGUCCAAAUGGUUCAGGCAAAUCAAAUUUCAUGGAUGCUAUUAGUUUUGUUAUGGGUGAAAAGACUUCGAGUCUUCGUGUGAAACGUUUGAAUGAUCUUAUUCAUGGUGCGUCCAUUGGCAAACCUGUGGCGCGUUCUUGUUAUGUUACAGCCAAGUUUAUUGUAAAUGGUGACACCCAAAUGGAUUUUCAAAGAUGUGUUAUUGGUGGUUCAUCUGAAUAUAGAAUAAGUGGAGAGACUGUUUCUAGUAAUACAUACUUAUCGAGAUUGGAGAAGUUAGGUAUUAAUGUGAAAGCAAAGAAUUUCUUGGUGUUCCAAGGUGCUGUCGAAAAUAUUGCAAUGAAAAGUGCAAAGGAACGAACUGCAUUGUUUGAAGAAAUUAGUGGCUCUGGCCUUCUAAAAGACGAUUAUAAUCGACUCAAGCAAGAAAUGAAUCUAGCCGAAGAGGAAACACAGUUUACUUAUCAAAAGAAGAAGGGCAUUGCCGCCGAACGCAAAGAAGCCAAGCAUGAAAAAAUGGAAGCCGAUCGUUACGCACGUUUAAAGACCGAAUAUAAUGAAAAACAAGUAGAAUAUCAACUAUUUCGUCUCUAUCAUGUCGAAAAAGAUAUUGAAAAACUCAACACCGAUUUGGAAACCAAACAAGAAGAAAUCAAAUCUGUCGAAGUGAAAAAAGAACAAGCCGAUGAAGUUCUCAAAGAAAAGAAAAAAGAAGCUGGCAAAAUAGGUCGUGAUUUGGCCAAAGUCGAUCAAGAAAUUCGUGAAGUUGAAACUGCAAUUAACAAGAAACGACCACUUUUUAUCAAAGCUAAAGAAAAAGUAUCCCAUUGUCAAAAGAAACUAACAUCAUUGGUCAAGACACUCGAAACUGCAAAAGAAGCCGACAAUGCUCAUCAAUGUGACAUCAGAAAUUUGGACCAAAAACUAGCAGAUGUAGAGGCAUUGAAGAAACGUUUCGAAGAAGAAAUCGAAGGAGAAUCACAGCGACGUGGCAAGAGUGUUCACAUGGAAGAAGGUCUCGUCCAAGAGUAUGAUCGCCUUAAACAAGAAGCUGAAGCAACAGCCACACAAUACCGUUCCAAUCUAGAUUCGGUUAACCGUGAGCAAAAAUCUGACCAAGAUUUACUUGAUAGUGAAAUGAAUCGCAAAGCAUCCAUCGAUGAGGCAUUUAAAAAGCUAACUCUACAAAAAGAAGAAGCUAUGAAACGUCAUGAUAAGCUUAUGGAUCAUAUUAAGUCCAGUCAGGCAGCUCUUGAAGAACAAAAUCGUAUAAAAGAAGAUUUGAGACGUGAUGUUGGCUCAUCAAAGGAAAAAAUCGCGGAAAAGCAGCGUGAACUCGAAAAUGUUCGGGACCAAUUGGGUGAUGCUAGAAUCGAUAAACACGAAGAUGCUCGCCGAAAGAAGAAACAAGAAGUCGUCGAGCUAUUUAAGAAACAAGUCCCCGGAGUGUACGAUCGUAUGAUAAACAUGUGUCAGCCAACACACAAACGCUAUAACGUUGCUGUUACAAAAGUGCUGGGAAAAUACAUGGAAGCCAUUAUUGUUGAUACUGAGAAGACAGCUCGUCAUUGCAUUCAGAUUCUGAAAGAGCAAAUGUUGGAAGUAGAAACUUUCCUUCCACUUGAUUAUUUGCAAGUUAAACCUUUGAAGGAACGAUUGAGAAAUAUCUCAGAACCACGCAACGUUAAACUCGUUUUUGAUGUGCUGAAGUUCGAUCCACCAGAGAUUGAACGAGCUGUCCUUUUUGCAACUAACAACGCUCUGGUUUGUGAAACCCCUGAAGAUGCCAUGAAAGUUGCCUACGAAAUCGAUCGCAGUCGAUUUGAUGCUCUUGCAUUGGAUGGAACCUUUUAUCAGAAAUCUGGUAUCAUUUCUGGUGGCAGUCAUGAUUUGGCUCGCAAAGCUAAGCGAUGGGAUGAAAAGCAUAUGGCUCAGUUGAAAAUGCAAAAAGAAAAACUCACCGAAGAAAUGAAGGAGUUGGUAAAGAAGUCAAGGAAACAGAGUGAACUGGCAACCGUUGAAAGCCAAAUUCAGGGUUUGGCAAACCGGCUCAAAUACAGUAUGGUCGAUUUAGAAUCGUCCAAGAAAUCCAUUUCACAAUUCGAUCGGCAAUUGAAAGAUGUUCAAGGUCAACUUGAUGAAUUCGGGCCAAAAAUCAGUGAAAUCGAACGCCGAAUGUUAAAGCGCGAUCAACGCAUUCAAGAAAUCAAAGAAAACAUGAAUAAUGUCGAAGAUAAGGUCUUUGCUAAAUUCUGUCGCCGUUUGGGUGUCAAAAAUAUUCGACAAUAUGAAGAAAGAGAAUUGGUUAUGCAACAGGAGCGUGCUAGAAAGAGGGCUGAAUUUGAACAGCAAAUCGAUGCAAUUAACACGCAACUCGAUUUCGAAAAACAAAAGGAUACAAAAAAAAACUUGGAACGUUGGGAAAGAGCUGUUCAGGAUGAAGAGGAUGCUCUUGAAGACCUAAAAGUUGCUGAAAAACGUUACUUGAAAGAAAUUGAACAAGAUAAAGAAGCUAUUGAAAAACUUAAACAAGGGAAAAUGAGUAAAAAGACUGCAGUUGAUGAAAUGGAAGAAGAAAUUUCAAAGGCUCGUCGUGAUGUCGCAAAUUUGGCAAAAGAAAUCCAUUCUCUUGGCAGUCAGGUGUCGGGAAUUGAAGCAAAAAUUGAAACUAAGAAAAAUGAGAGACAUAAUUUGUUGUUGCAAUCAAAGAUGGAUUGUAUAGCAAUUCCGCUACUAAAAGGAUCUCUUGAUGAUGCAGUUCGCCAAGGUGAUUCGGAAACUACAACCAACGGAACGUCAACAUCUAUGAUUCUUGAAAAAGAAAAUCAAAUCGAAGUUAACUACAACACUUUACCGCGGGAAUUAUGCAAACUCAAAGAUGAUUCACAUUUCAAAAAGACCAACGAUUCAUUGCAAAAAGAUUUACAAUCUAAACUUGACAUUCUGGAGCGUAUUCAAACGCCUAACAUGAAAGCAAUGCAGAAGCUCGAUCGUGUUACUGAAAAAGUUGCAUCAACCAAUGAAGAAUUUGAGAAUGCCCGACGAAAAGCAAAGAAAGCUAAAGCAGCAUUUGAAAAGGUUAAAAAUGAACGUGCUGAAAAAUUUAUUCGUUGUUGCAAUCACAUUUCAGAGGCAAUAGAUGGCAUUUAUAAGUCCUUAGCAAGAAAUGAAGCCGCUCAGGCUUAUUUGGGUCCUGACAAUCCAGAAGAACCAUAUUUAGAUGGAAUAAAUUAUAAUUGUGUUGCACCAGGAAAACGUUUUCAGCCGAUGAGUAAUUUGAGUGGUGGUGAGAAAACUAUUGCUGCGUUGGCGUUGUUAUUUUCCAUUCAUAGUUUCCAACCUGCUCCAUUUUUUGUACUCGACGAGAUUGAUGCUGCUUUGGAUAAUACAAAUAUUGGAAAAGUUGCAUCUUACAUAAGAGAUCAUACAAUGAACCUUCAAACUAUUGUCAUUUCGCUCAAAGAAGAAUUUUAUGGACAUGCUGAUGCUUUGGUGGGAAUUUCACCAGCUGAUGGUGACUGUUUAAUUUCCAACGUUUAUCUUUAUGACUUGACACAAUUUCCAGACAAAUAAUUUAAUAACUGUAAUGAAAUAUUUAUUAAUUUGUAUUACAUUUAUUAAAUAAAACAUAUUUUAACACAAAUAAAUAAAUAUAACCAUAGUUCAUAACUUUCAA